AAGAGCAGCACAGAUAAAGGGCUUUCUUCCAUUACGCGCAGUCGGACUCCGAGCUCCCUGCACGUAAAAUCACCGCUCAACUUCUGCACAACCCAAAGAUGGAAAUAUAAUAAAUAAAACAAAUUCUACUUUAAAAACAGAGGACACACGAAUGGCUCUCAGUGAGGAAACUCUGCGCUUUGUCAUAUCUGAUGGGAGAUGUGUGCCACCAACAUGACAGUAAAGGGUGGUGUUUGACCGACCGCUCACCCUGAAGAAAAGAAAACAUUCACAAAACACCAGUCUGUGAGCUGUUUUUACCAGCACAUGAGGCGCUGCUAUGAUCAACCAACACAUCUACAACCAUUACAACUUCACCGGAAAACUAGACAAUCGCAAUGAAACCAAAGGGGCGCCGAUGGACCCCAAAAUAAUGGCCUUUUAUGUUGUCUGCAGCUUGAUCGUCUUGGAGAACCUAAUUGUGCUGGUGGCCAUUUGGAGGAACCACAAGUUUCAUAAUCGGAUGUACUUUUUCAUCGCUAACCUCGCUUUGUGCGAUUUGCUCGCCGGUGUGGCUUACAUCGCAAACAUACUGAUGUCAGGACAGCGGACGCUCCAUUUAUCUCCAGCCGAGUGGUUCAUUCGUGAAGGAAGUAUGUUUGUGGCGUUGGGCGCUUCGAUUUUCAGCCUGCUAGCGAUUGCAAUCGAACGCCAUCUCACCAUGAUCAAAAUGAGGCCUUACGACGCUAACAAAAACUACAGAGUCUUUCUGCUCAUAGGAACAUGUUGGUUGAUCGCCAUUACUUUGGGAUCGCUUCCCAUUUUGGGAUGGAACUGUUUAGAGGAUCUUCCACAAUGCUCGACUAUAUUACCUCUAUACAGCAAGAAUUACGUUGCGUUCUGCAUUACCAUCUUCAUAUCGCUUCUUCUAGCAAUUUCAAUCCUCUACGCGCGUAUUUACGUCCUCGUCAAGAGUAGCAGUCGUAAAGUAACCAAACACAGUAACUGCGAGCGCUCCAUGGCUUUACUGCGGACGGUCAGUAUCGUCGUUGGCGUUUUUAUCGCAUGCUGGACGCCGAUUUUCGUGCUUUUGUUAAUCGACGUAGCGUGUGGUCCCAAAAGAUGCCCGGUUCUUCUGAAAGCUGAUUGGUUCGUUGCUCUAGCUGUUUUAAACUCCGCUAUGAAUCCCGUCAUCUACACAUUGGCCAGCAGAGAAAUGCGAAGGGCCUUUUAUAAGCUCAUAUGUGGAUGUUUGGUGAAGGACGGAGUUGUGGGAUGCAAAAACACGGAUCCAAGUCGGAGCAAAUCUAGCUCCAAUUGCCCACGAGUGGCAGAACAAGAAAACCAAGAUGUCUGCAAUUCGUAGUUUUUUUGGUGACUCAGAGGUGUAGAUAGUAAAGCAAUGCAAACAACUGAAAUGUUCUGAGUGUUUUAAGCUGAUCAAUAUUUUGAUAUUUAAAAGUACAUUACAGCUGAAUUAUGACCCCCCCAUUUCUAUUUAACAAAAGUUUUUUCCAAAAAUGACUAGAAUACUGUUAUAUACUUUGCCGACCUGUGUACUUAUGUAGCAGAGGCCAGCUAGUAAGUCCUCUGACCUCUGAAGGUGCUCUAGCGACAGACCCUAGAGGCCAUGGUCUUUAGCCUCCUUGUAAGAACAACUGACUCACAUGCGGAAGGUCGACGGUUCGAUACCAACUCGGAGCGGGUUGGGUGGCGUAGGACUGGCGGGGUUACAUUGGUGCCGUGACCCGGAUGGGAGUGAGGUUUAGGGGGGUGAGUGAAGCAGAGGCCAGCUAGUAAGUGCUGUGCAG